AUGAGCACCUGCAUCCAGAUUACGGAGGGCGUGGUGCCGGGCAUCAACCGCCUUGCACUGAAAGGCCACAUGGAGCAGUUUGGCCAGGUGGAUCUGGUUCACAUGGGCAAUCGGCAAAACCCGGAAGAGGAGCCCCCGAAGGUUCGCUUCUCGACGCCUGAAGCUGCACAGAGGGCGCUGGAAGCCAUAAACGCUGGACAAGUUGUGAUAGAUGGGAUGCUCCUCAAGGCGCAAUACAUGCAGGGGAAGGGUAGAGGUCGUGGUGCACCGCCCACGGCCACAGAGCGGAAUCUGGAAGUCACAAGCCGUGACCUCUUCCUGGAGCGUGAGCGCGCCCGAGCUCAAGCGAGGGGCGGAGGUGGAGGUGGUGGAAAAGAGCGAAGCCGCAGCCGAGAUCGCAGCCGCGACCGCCGUCGAAGGCGGAGAAGCAGCGAUAGCAGCAGGUCUUGCACCACUUGUCCCCUUGCCGAUGCCGUUGAAGCGGCCUUCAAGCUGCGUGCAGAUGCGUGCAGAGUCCAGAGUAGACAGGCAGCCAGACCCACCAUGAACAACAACACACGCAAAAUGCUGGACAUUGCUGGGAGGAUCAAGGACGCGAGUGUAGCGGCCAUGGCGGAGCUGACUGCAAGGGAGCGCCGGCUGGUGCACAUGACGUCCAACAUCUUCGAUGAAAAGGGCUCGGACAAGUCUGUGUAUUCAGCCAGCAGGCAGAAGGAGCUUCUCGAGAACUUGCGGCAGAGCUACGUGCAGAAGAACGGGGUGCCGGAGGCCAUGAACUUGCCCAGGCCGCAGGAGAUGAAGUAUGCCUUGAUGACUGGCAACCAUGCAGUGUUGCCAGCAAGCAGUGCGGUGAACGGGCCCGGGACAAAGCGGGAUGCGCAGUUCAUGCCCAAGGAGUUCUGGUCGACCUCCGUGGAUUUGAAGUGGCACGACGUGCGGAACGAGCGCUGCCGCCACAAGAGCCAUGCAGCGGAGCGUGCCAAUUUGGAUGCCAAGGACAAAAAGAUACGGGAGAUGUCCUCGGAGCUGUUCCAAAAGGAGCGGCUGGUGAAUCGAACAAUGGGCAAAUCAGAUCUCGUGGCCGAUGGGACGGAUUACCUGGCCAUCGAUUCGUCUCUCCAUGAGCAGCACGGAACCGUCCCCGGCGGUGCCACGGGCAGGCGCUCCUCUGCCAGCCAAAGGCUUCAAGCCAAUCUGGCUGCUUCGGGGUACAACACCAUGCCGCAGCCCGAGGCUCCGGAGGUAACAGGGGGCUAUGCACAGGAACAUCCUCCCAGGAGAAGUGGCAAGGAAAUGCGCAACUACUCCGACCUGUUCGGUUCUGAAAUGGGCCGCCGUCAUGCACCGACGCAGCAGCGCCAGGACAUCAUUGGCACAUCUACUUGCACUUUCUUGGAUCAUCGCGGUGAGAUUGAGGCAGCACGCCGGGAGGAAGGAAGGCUAGCAGGUGCCACCACCCCUGCAAACAGGAAGGAGGCGGAGAUGUCAUCGACGCUGCAUGGGCACAAGACCCCCAGAGGCCAAAAGGCUCCUGAACUGGAGCAGGCACUCGCGGUGGAGCGGGGCGUUUGGGACAGCAAAGAAGGCAUGGCGAUCAACGCAGAGGUCUCACGCCGCCAUCGCGAGAAAGAGUUCAACAAGGACUUCGAGGGUGAUGUCUUCCACUUGUCUCGCAAGCAAGACUGCUUGGACUCUUCUCAGGUGAGGGAGAACAUUGGCCAGCCGGCACCCAUCGAGGCACCCGUGUCUCCGAGAAGCGGGGCUGGCCUCAUGUCGCCGUACUCGCCCACGAGACAAGGGGGCCCGAGCGCUGCACAAAGAGAGAAGAUGCUGCAGUUUGCGAAAGACACAAAGCUUGCCUCGCUGCAGUCAAGCAUUUUUUCUUGA